AUGGCGCUGUCGACUCUCCAAAAAUUCUUCAAAACUUCAUCGCCUCCAGCAAGAAUCCUUGCUUUCGUUCGCAACCCUUACAUAAACUUACCAAAUCCCUCGACACCCGUAACUCUUUCCUCCCAAACUCAGCAACUUAACAGCACACCUAAUGAAGACCAUAUUGUCAAUGCCAUUCUAUCUUUGGGUUCAUCCAAAGAGGGGAGCUUGACCCAUUUCGAUUGCUUGCCGUUUUCCUCGAUCCAUACAUUUGGGUUCUGUUCACACCCGAUUCUAUCAACUUGGUUGAUCCACGAUUUGCAGAAUGACGAGGAUUCGGGGAUGUGGGCUGAUAGCGUGAAGAAGAAGAGGAAGAAGAAAAUGAACAAGCACAAGUACAAGAAGCUGAGGAAGCGGCUUAGAAGACAGACUUAG